AUGUCAACCAGCGGUGGUCGAGGAGGUCGAGGAGGAGGAGGAGGAGGAGGAGGAGGAGGAGGAGAUUGGAGGGGAGGUGGUAACAGAGGGUUUCGUGGCGGAAGAGGUGGAGGAAGAGGAGGAGGCAUAGCAAGAGGCGGCGGCGGCGGCGGCGGCGGUGCUGGGGCAGGCCCCGGCAGAGGAGGCCGUUCACAUUCAGGACCUUGGGGCAGACUUAAGCCCGUCGACUUGGAUCCUCUCGACAGCUACGGUCUUCCCUCAAAGGGUGACACAAGACUCCUGACCUUCAAGACGCAAGAACAAUACUACACAAAGAUCGUCGAACGCUACAUGACAUUCUGCUCCGACGCCGGCGAGCGCGACGAACUCCUCCGCCGCUUCGCCUCCCUCGACAUCGCAGACUACCCCUCCGUCUCCCCCGCCGCCUCCCCCAGACUCCUCGACGACCCCUCCAGCACAAAGGCCCUCUCAGACGUAAUGAUGGCCCUCCGUAAACUCCGCGAGGGAAUCGUGGCCUCGAAACGCGUAGAUGACUUCGCCAUCCAGGCAUACCUCUUCAACAUCCGCCUCUCGGUCCUCGUGAAGCACCCGGAAUCCUAUCACCCGGCCAUCCUCCACGUCCUGCGUACGAUUCACCCGGCGCGCAACCUGACCAGCGUGGAGCUGCAGGAGGUGCUGUCGUACCUUGUCCUCGACGCGGCGUGUCGAAGAGCGGAUUUGGCGGAGGCGUAUGCGAUACGGCGCCGGUAUAAGCUGCGCGAUGCAAAGGUGGAUGCCGUGCUGGCGGCGCUGGCGCACGAUAAUUAUGUUGCGUUUCGGAGGGUUCAGGAGAGCGUGGACGGCCACCGGGCCAAGUUGCUCGAAUUUGCUGAGGCGGAUGUGCGGACGCAUGUGUUGAAGUGCUUUGGGAGGACGUAUUUGGGCGUUGAUCGGGAGUGGUUGGAGAGGUGUUCUGGUCAGGGCUGGGAGUCGUUGACGAGGGAUCAUGGCGUCGGAUGGGAGCUUGAUGGGACGAGGGUUGUCAUUCGGAAGGUUAGAGCGAAGUGA